UCUCUCUCUCUCUCUCUCUCUCUCUCUCUCUCUCUCUCUCUCUCUCUCUCUCUCUCUCCCAUUAUCUCAGUUCAUGGACAAAAGUGCAAACACCCACUUCAUCAAUGUUGACCUUCUUGCUACCAAAUUCAAUUGCAGUGACAAUCGAUCUGUCAGAGAGCCAUUGAUCCUGAGGUCGACCGUAUGGAAGCAUGAAAUGAUGGAAGCCGAGAUGGACCGGAGCCAGCACGGCGCCGUCUCUGUGGCGGCGGCAUCGGUAUCGGCCGCAGGACACAAAGAUAGGGUGGUUAACGAGCUGAACUUCUUCGCCAUUGACAAAAGCUCGAGAGAAGAAGCGAGCUCCGCAGUCAAGAGCGAGAACGUGGAGGAUAGUCUAGAGGAGGAUCAGGAGAUGAAACUCGACACGGGAUUGAAUCUUCUCACGGAGAAUAUCGGUAGCGAUAAAUCACUCGUUGAUGAAGAAGAAGCACCGGGCAAGGAACACAGGUGCAUGAACUCAACUGAGUUGGCAGUCUUGAAAGCUGAAUUAGACAGGAUGAACGUGGAAAAUCAACGCCUGAAGAGCAUGAUUUAUCAGGUCAACAGUAAUUGCGACGCCUUACAAGUCCAUCUCCUUUCAUUAAUGCAAAGGCAUCGGGCGAGUCCUCAAGCCAAGACCACAGAUUUUGAAAAGGUGAUUGGUAAAACGCUAGAGGAUUGCGAGAAAUCCACUGGAAAAGAUGAGAAUUCACAAUCAGUGUCAGAAGAUAAACCACGGGAUGGCUUGAGCUCACCUCAAAACAAUAUAGUGGAGUCGAUGGAGUACUUCAAGACGCCAAGGGAAAGCUCUACGAGCGAAGUCAUGCCAUUUCCUAAUCCUAACAAAAGCGAAUCUAUUGAUCAUCGACGGAGGAGGGAUGAUGCUCCAUGGUCUCCAACUAAAGUGCAGAAACUUAGUUCCAACACUGAUCAAGCGGCCGAAACAAUGGCCAUGAUUAAGAAAGCCCGGGUGUCGGUUCGAGCUCGCUCGGAGGCAUCCAUGAUUGCAGACGGUUGUCAGUGGAGGAAAUAUGGGCAAAAGAUGGCGAAAGGAAACCCAUGCCCUCGAGCUUAUUAUCGCUGUUCUAUGGCGGUCGGCUGUCCGGUUCGCAAACAGGUACAAAGAUGUGCAGAAGACAAAGCAAUCCUGGUAACAACAUACGAAGGACAACACAACCACCCGCUUCCUCAAGCUGCAAUGGCCAUGGCAUCAACCACUUCAUCGGCUGCAUCGAUGAUUCUCUCUGGUUCGAUGACGAGUUCGGAUGGAUUGAUUGCCAGCUCACAUUACGUCGCUGGAAACGCGUCGUUUCCUGGUUCACUGCCAAGUCUGGCAACGCUCUCUGCGACUGCACCGUUUCCUACUGUCACAUUGGACCUCACACACACCACUCCCACUAAUGAUACUAUCAGCGACCCCAUGCAGCUGCGAAGGCCGUUGUUCUUGGGUUCUGCCAUGCAAAGCCAGCUAGGUCACGCCUUGAACCAAUCCGAGCUUCUUCAGGUGGUGAGCAAUCAGAUGAAGCAAGCGCCAGCCUAUAUGGCCAACACGGCCGACACCGCAACGGCCGCCAUCACAGCAGACCCGAACUUCACGGCGGCUCUCGUGGCGGCUAUUGCCUCGGUUGUUGGCGGCGUUCAUCCGAACCAUGGCAGUGCUAGUGACGAUGCCGUUACAAGAAGUUGCAUCAAUGAGAACACAUGAUAUAUGAGGAAUAAUUUUGUGGGAAAAGCCCCGUUUGGUUAUCUCUUGUUUUUGUUCUUGUGCAAGGAUAAACAAUUUAUCUCGUGCAACUUUCAUGUUUGCCUUUUACUCAAAUUUGGAGGAACUCUAAAAAUUUUCUUAUUUUUCAAA